AUGGCCCCUCGAGGCCCCGGCGGACCCCAUGCUCGUCCUGAUGUGGGAGAUACCUUGAUAGUAAUUCAUGACUUCCACGCCCGCAGCUCCGAUGAGUUGAGCCUGGCCAAGGGCGAUCGAGUCGAGCUGAUAGAGCGCGACGAUGAGUUUGGCGAUGGAUGGUUCCUCGGCCGCCACCGGGUCAACGGCAACACCGGACUCUUCCCCGAAGUCUACACUCGACUCGCGCCCAAGCCUGCGCCUGUCCUGGCAACCUCAAAACCCCUCACCCCCGUUGCUGAGGCACAACUAGGCCCCGAACCCACGGCUGUUCCCAGCGCUCCCUCGAAACCAACCCAGAUAUCCAUGCCUCUACCAUCUCCACCCGUCAGCAAGCUUGCCGACGAAAAGGUUGCCACCCCGCCCCUAAUCUCGGCGAAGCCGGACCCGGCGGUGGCCUCUGUCGUCAGCAACAGCUCGUCAUCUAGCCCCGCCCCUGGGCUUGGAAGAAUGAGCAACAAGAGCCAAGACAACCAGGUGUUGAACGAGACCCUCAACGUCAUUGAUGAACACAUUACCAACCUGCGAUCUCCAUUGAGCAGCAGGGCUCUGCGUGCACAGCUGUCCACCGAUUCGGGAAGCGACUACAGCGGCCCCUUGGACCAGAGAUUGUCCUACAUCCAGGGUGAGGAGACCGAUGAAGAAGAGGAAGAUCCCGGCUCCGGCACCGAAGUCAAAGGCUGGACCCCGGACGACGUGGCCGACUACUUGCUCGCCGCUGGGGUGGAGAAGCAGCAUUGUGACGUGUUCAGGGAUCAGGAAAUAUCGGGAGAGGUCCUUCUUGGUAUGGACCAGGGCUCUCUCUUCAUCAAGGCCUUCGAUCUCGGAUCCGUCGGAAGACGGUUGAAGACGUGGCACAAAAUUAAGGCUCUCCAAGACGAGGCUAGCGGCCGAGCUGUCAUGAGAACAACCAAGACGAGAGCUUACGGCAGCGACCUAGGCUCAGAGGAUGCCCGGCAACCCGGGAACCGCACUCGCUCUCUGACGAACACAACGCCAGAUCAACCGACAUCCACGCAGAGGGGACGCCAAUCCUCGGCACAGACGGCCAAGCAGACCCCUUUGCCAUCACCCACCACCCUCCACCCUUACGUAAAGCCUCACGCCGACCAUGCCGACGACCCCCAUUUCAACUCAACGGUCUCGCCCCAAGCCGGGCAAGAUGGCCUCUCUGGCUCGGGGCAGCCGAGGCGGCCCUCGGCCGCGUCUAUACGAGACCUUCACCACUCCCGUCGCCACUCCUCGACCACCGACGUCCGGCUGGGCGGUGACGUCGUAGGCGUAACACCGGCGGCCAGCAGCAACGGAACCGGUACAGGAACCGAUGGCACGCACAAGAAGCAACGACCGUCAUUCGACCGGAAUUGGACCCUAGGCGGCGCUCUGUCUGCCCAGGCACAGUCGUUGCCGAUGUCGGCCACAGACCCGCAGGAUGCGCCAGUUGUCGAUGGCGUAAAUCCCGAGGCCUCGCAGGAUUCGGCCGUCGACAUGGAUCACGACUACCUCUCCGGCCCCGAUGCGGAUGGCCGAAGACGCAACGUCUUGAGAAAACGUGAUAACAUCAGCCAGCUGAACAAGUCGAGCUACAUAGAGGAGCAGCGAGUUCGCAGCGCCACCGCCAUCUCGCGGCAUUCGAGGUUCGGCAGCGUCGACUCGUUCCGCGACGCCCCCCCGACCCCGGCGAUUCAAAAGUAUUUCGGCAUCCAUGCAAUGAGCCAUCAUCCUAGGAGAACGGCGUCGACGAACACAACCGAUUCCAUCCGUCCUGCACCGCCCGCAAAGGACGGACCUUCGCCGGCUGUGACCAACCUGGACGCCGCCGCCACCAGCCGGCAGGCCUCCUCACCCCCCACCCUGCGACAUCCUGGCUUCCACUCUGACUGGUUCUCAUCCAUGGUCGGUAAGCCGAUGGGAAAACGCCCAGGCAUGCGUGCCAUAUCGGAUAAACUUACCAUCAACCGCUCCAAGGACCUUGACUCUCCAGAACUGCAGUCAAAGGACGGUUCCCAGGGCUCACCUGCAGCGACAGGCACCACCACGCCUUCGGCUGCACCCAGCUUUGAUUUAGAUUCUCCCGCCACCGGCAAGAGUUUUAGCCCCGCCACCCAACCGUCGAACGCGAACCGUAAGAAGACCAAGAAGGAGACGAGUGCCUACACGCGUGGCCUUCUCAAGAUUUCGCCGCAGGAAGCUCAGAAGGAUGCCGACUACUCCGGCUGGAUGAAGAAGAAGAGCUCGCAUCUCAUGACGACGUGGAAGCCGCGGCUGUUUGUCCUCAAGGGCCGUCGCCUGGCCUAUUACUAUUCGGAGGAUGACGAAGAGGAGAAGGGACUGAUUGACAUCUCGUUCCAUCGCGUCCUGCCGGCCGACAACGAGAAGUUGACCGGUUUCCACGCCACCAUAACCGGCGUCGGUGCGCCCGGUCUGCCCAGUGCCGAUACCCCGGCAGGAUUGGACAAGGGUGACGAUUCUCUCUUCAUUUUCAAACUCGUCCCCCCGCGAGCCGGACUCUCCCGUGCUGUCAACUUCACCAAGCCAACUGUCCACUACUUCGCCGUGCCGAACCUACAGCAAGGCCGCCUGUGGAUGGCAGCCUUAAUGAAGGCGACAAUCGACCGCGAUGACAGCCAGCCAAUCACAACGACAUAUCAGCAGAAGACGAUCUCGCUGGCGAAAGCGAUGCAGAUGCGUCACCGCCCACCGGCCUUGAUGAAUCUUGAGGAGGCUGCUGGGGAGGAGCACAAGAAUCAACCCCCCUACAGGCUCGACAGCUUCGGCAUGCUGGGCGAAUCGGACAGUGGUGUUUCCGGAAUGGACAAGCUGGCAGCAGCUAAGAUCGAGGAGGCCAACCUUAGUUUCGCCGCCGGGGAGAGGGAAGGCAUGCUGCCUCCGCAGAGUGCCUAG